CUCCUGGCUCGAGCGCUCCGGAUGAGCGCGAGGGCCUCCCCAUCGAGUGCGCGAGGCCAUGCAUUGCUCGGACGGGACCCGGCAGUGUGCAGGCUGUUCCAGCAGGGCGGCUGCUCCUUUGGGAGCUCCUGCAGGCUGCUGCACACGGACCGAGUCGAGGGGGCCGCCGAGCCCGGCAGCAGGCCGCUCAUGCAGGCCACGAGCAGCGGCAGCUGGCCGUCCAGCGAGGCCAGCGGCAGACGGCCAGCGCAGGACGCCUCCUGGGCCGAGCUGCAGGGCUGGCCGAGCAGGGCCGGCCUCCCGCUGCGCCGCCUGCAGCUGGACUCGGACGGGGACUCGGUCGAGCGGCGGUCCGCGCGAAGCCCCAGCAGCGAGUCCGGGACGCUGUCCACUGCGAAGAGCCCGCGGCGGUGGCACAGCGCCAGCGGCGAGGGCACCAGCGGCGAGUCCUUCGCGCACCCGCAGGCCGCCAGCGCCCCGGCGGCGGAGCACGCCGCGGCGGCGCGCGCGCUGCCCUCGUUCGCGGACCGCCUGGCCGGGCUGCCGGAGGUCUUCCCCGGCGCGGCCCGCGCGCGCGAGCCCGCCGCGGCGGAGGAGGAGCGAAACAAGAGCAGGUCGGCCAUCCGCCGCAAGCAGCGGGAGGUGCUCGCGAAGUGGACCGCGAUGCGGGCGCUCAACCUAAGGACCGCCGCGUCCCCGGCGGAGCUGCUGCCCCGGCUGCGGGAGCACGCGCAGGCCCCGGCGCCGCGGCCCGACGCCUCCCCGCGGCCCGCGUGCCCGCCCGCC